GACGCGCUUGUUUUUUUUCCUCUUUUUUUUUUAAUCAUCCGUUUCUUUUAUUUUUUGCUCUUUAUUUGUUGCUCGCACGUUGACACCCGCGCUAUUGCUCGUUGCUAACAUGCUAACCCGAACACGUCGGGCCCGAUUAGAUAACCUAAAUUUAAACGCUACUUUUGUGUAUGGUCCUUAAUACACUGCUGUCAUUUCUAGAAUAUUAUUGGAAUUUUGAGCGAAUAGCCUUUUAAAACUAACGUAGUUCAAUGUAAAAGCACUUACAUUUACGGACACUUAGGGCCACACGUUGCUAAUAGGCUAAAAAUAAUCUCCAUUCUGAACGUUUGACUGGUUUGACAUUACUGACUGUGGCUAUUCGGUAUACCGCACGAGUUAAAAUAUUUUCAUGCUCCGUGUGUCAUUGAUAAACGACGCACAAUUGGGCUUUUAAAACAUGAUCAAAACAAAAAUUGUUUCAUAGGCUGAUGAUAAACGUUGAAUUGUGCUUUGUUUUUAACUGGACUUUUACUGUCUUAAAACUGUGUCCCAUACUUCCUCCUUUUUUUUUUUUUUUUUGUUUGUUCCUUAACCCUUUUGUGACUAUGUGCCUUUUAUCUUUUGGUGUGCUGUACAGAAGUCUCACUGUUGUCCACUGGGUGACAAAUGACAAUAGCGUUGCAGGGCCGAUUUUUAGAUCGGAGGUUUAAGGGGCGGGAGUUCCCGGCCAGGAAUAAUGGAAGAUUCUCAUUUUAACUCAUCCUAUUUCUGGUCUCCCAUCCCCACUGUGCCUGGACAGCUGGAGAAUGCCGUCUUCCUGAACAAAGUGAAAGAACAGCAGGAAAAGAGCGCCUCCUUCCCGCCUUCCUCGGCGUCGCACUACCAAACGACGCUGCUCACCAUCCCCACGCCGGGAGGCAAGACAGAUGGCGGCGGGCAACCCGCCGGCACCUCCCACCUGCACCCGCCGCACAGCAGCCAGAACAUCACCGUGCUGCCCGUCCCCUCCACGGGCAUCAUGACGGCAGCGGGACUGGUCAUCACGACUCCCCAAGGAACCUUGGUGUCUCCCACGUCCUCGCAGUCCUUUGUGUCCACGCACCCGACCACCACCAUGAUUGUCUCCGCCGUUCAUUCUCAAGACAAAAAAGAAGACGGUACGCCCCACGUAGUGGUGAUGCCAGCGCCGUCCAAGCGAGGCCGCAAGAAGAAGAGCAUGGUGGGAGCGGGCAACGAAACCGUCAUACUGGCUCAGCUCAGCGCUGGCGGACAGGUGACCUCUUUGCAUCAUCACACGCGGGAUCCGUAUGACGUGUCCAAUGAGGACGACGAGCCCGGGCUGAAGGACAGCACGAAAACCUACAGGUGCCGGAUGUGCGCGGCGACCUUCUUCAGUAAGUCUGACAUGCAGAUCCACUCCAAGUCGCACACAGAGGCCAAACCUCACAAGUGUCCGCACUGCGCCAAGUCGUUCGCCAACUCCAGCUACCUGGCGCAGCACAUCCGCAUCCACAGCGGGGCCAAGCCUUACACCUGCUCCUACUGCCAGAAAUCAUUCAGGCAGCUCAGUCACUUACAGCAGCACUCACGCAACCACACGGAGUCGAAGCCUCACAAGUGUCCCCAUUGCACCAAGUCAUUCGCCAACUCCAGCUACCUGGCCCAGCACCUCCGCAUCCACACGGGCGUGAAGCCAUACACCUGCUCCUAUUGCCAGAAAUCAUUCAGGCAGCUCAGUCACCUACAGCAGCACAACAGGAUUCAUACCGGAGAUCGGCCGUACAAGUGUACGCAUGCUGGAUGUGAGAAAUCCUUCACGCAGCUCUCCAAUUUACAGUCCCAUCGACGUCAGCACAACAAAGACAAACCUUACAAGUGCUCCAACUGCAACAAAGGCUACGUGGACGCCGCCAGCCUGGAAGUGCACAUGUCCAAACACACGGUCAGGCAUGCCCGGAUCUACUCGUGCGGCCUCUGCAACCGCACGUACACCUCAGUAAGACCAAUAUGCAUUUGUGAAGAGAAUUCCCAGUGGCCUCAGUGGUGCCACACGCCUGCCAGCUACUUUACACCGUAUAGUCACAUGUCCACUGUCUCCCCUCUACCCUCACCCCAGGAGACGUAUCUUGUGAAACACAUGGAGAAACACGGCCAAGAGCAGUUGAACGCUUCGGACGCCGUGGCGGCGCAGCAGAGCCAAAGUCAGGCGGCCCGCGCUCAGUCCGGAGCUCGGGGCCAGGCAGAGGGCUCAGAAGGCACGGCAGGCCGAGCCGGACACGGACACGGCCAAGGCGGCUACGGCCAGCCGGACGCCAUGCCCUGUCCCUUUGACCUGCACCAGUACAAGACGGUGUCGGCAGGAGAUAUCCAGUACAAACCCGUCGGCGUGUCGGACAUUCCCUCCCACAAGGACCUAUGUCUAACUGUGUCGUCUUCCAGUAUCCAAGUGGAGCACCUCAACUCGUAAAAGAUGGAGGGGGGAGGAAAAACGCAGAGACAUAAAAGCAAUACUAAAACGGAAUGGGGAACUUUUGGAACUGUGCCUGGGAAUGUUUUUUUUUUUUUUUUUCACCAACAGGACAAGCAAUGUGGGUUUUAUUUUACUCCAAGUGUCCUCAUGGAGGGAAAUGUGUGUGAAAGGCUGCCGUGAAAAGAUUUACAGUCCAUCACAGUGAUGGUUUAAAAAUGGAGAAGAAAAGGAAGCGAGAGAGUGCCUGUCUUUCGUGUCGUUUUAUCACCUUCUGCUCUUCUGUACAAAUGCAGCACGCGGGUCAUAACCAUGUUAUGCUCUGGAGAGUAUUUGGAAUGACUUUUUACAUCAGUGUUAUUAACUUUUACUGCGUGGCAUACUUUAAUGUUAAAGGGACAGAGGUUAUUUCCUUGUCAGGAAAGUCAAAAAUAACAAUCAUGUAUUUGUAGAUACAUUGUAUACUACCAGCUGAUAACGUGUGACGUGUGUAUGUAUAUAUAAAUAAUGGAUACCUAAAUGCAGGCUCUCGCGGUGUAAUCCCAUCAUUCUGCUUUUUGUGUGUGUCUUAUCAGUGUCUAGCUUUGAAAUACAUUCAGAAUAAUGUUUGUUAUACGCAGUUAUGGACGCACUUGCACAUCUGACUUUUUUUUUUUUUUUAAAUAAUGAACAAUAAAAAAAUGUUUGGAACAUUUAUCACUGGUUUGUUUAUGGACAUUCAUCAUAUUCAGUUGCAUAACAUGCAAAUAAGAAAUUACAUGUUUGAAAUUGACUUCGAUUUAAAAAAAAUAUAUUGGAAAAAAGAACUCAAGGAAUUAGUUAACUGUAAUUGUCUGUGUAAAUAAUGAUCAAUAAAAGUUUUGGAACCUUUA